AUGGUCGACUACGCAUAUCCCCCAACCAUGCAUCACGACUUCGAGCUCUACUCUCAGGAGCAAGAGCAGCAACUGCACUACCUCCCCACCCCACAGCCCUUCCUUGCCUCAUCAGCAUAUAGCAUGGAUCAAUCAUUUAGCACACCAUUCGAACAUAUGCUCCCUCUUGUUGAGGCACCAAGGCCGCAGUAUCACUAUGACCACAUGGCUCAAGGACACAAACUUGCACAGUACGGCUACCACAGCCCGUCUGAAUCCCCACACUCCACAUUCAACUCGUUCCAAGACCAGCCUCCAAUCCUCUCUGCCUCUUCUGAGUCUGGUGCUUCCGCAUCAUCUUCCGCCCUGGGCUCUCCUUCGGUUACACCCCAAUUCGAAGUCGAGUCCUGGAACCCCAUGGCAAUGGGACUCACGUCCAGCUUCGAGUACCCAGCCCUGGUUGCAGCCGAGAAGACUUUUGUUGGUGAGUCAGCAGUUUCUUCUGCAACAGAAAUAUCUACUUCCAUAUCUUCUUCUACGCAAUCUGCUGCGAGCAAUGUAUUCAAAACACCUACCACUCCUGCAUCAGCAAAUUGGUUGCCUUUGGGGUCGAAUCUACGAAGAAACUCCACACUGCCGAAUGAGGUCUACUCGUACGACCUGUCUACUUCACCCACCUCUUCUUCUUCUUCCGCCACUCCUUCUCCUAUUUACUCAAGAACUCGUUUCAGUCGUGCGUCAUUCUCUCAAGAAUCUUACCCAAAUAUCAUUCAGCCAUUCUCGUAUGCCCCCCAGAGCCCCUUUCCGGAGAUCCGAACAACACCCUCGGAUUACUUUCCCAUAGUCGAGCAGCCUGUUUCGCCAGCUCUCUCGCAGCUCUCAGCACACAGCCCACGCCCACACAUAAAGCAGGGCAGUGCAAGUCCCUAUCUUCACACAACACACUUCCAUCCGUACCAGAGACGAGGUUCGGUAGCCUCUUUGCACUCGCACAAGUCGAAUGCAAGCCGGCGCAGCCGCAGCGGAAGCAGCUAUGAGUUGGAUGACGAGACUAUGCAGAAGGGCAUGUGCCCUCUGCCAGAGUGUGGACGCGUGUUCAAGGACUUGAAGGCGCAUAUGCUUACCCAUCAGAACGAGCGUCCAGAGAAAUGCCCAAUCACGACCUGCGAGUACCAUGUCAAGGGCUUCGCACGGAAAUAUGACAAGAACAGGCAUACCCUUACUCACUACAAGGGCACUAUGGUCUGUGGCUUUUGCCCAGGCAGUGGCUCGGCGGCGGAGAAGAGCUUCAACCGCGCGGAUGUUUUCAAGAGGCAUCUCACUUCCGUUCACGGUGUUGAGCAGAACCCGCCCAACAGCCGUAAGAAGAGCCCUGGCGGUGCUCGCAAAGCAUACUGUCCACAGAUUGCCGGCACUUGCUCGACUUGCUCGGUCACCUUUGCCAACGCUCAGGAGUUUUACGAGCACUUGGAUGACUGUGUGCUGCGCGUCGUGCAACAGGCCGAUCCCUGCGAGGCCAUCAACCAGCGCCUGCUGACUUCGGUCGCCGAAGACGAGGACGUCACCGAUACUCUGGAUCGCAAUGGGCUUUCCAAGAGCAUCGAGUACACCGUCCCCAGCUACAACGACAACGAUGAAGAGGAGGACUUUGACGAGGAAUUCGACAACGACGACCACGACGAUGCUACCUAUGGCAGCCGUUGCUCCCGCUCUGGCAAGGGAGGCAUCAAGAAGACCAAGUCCAAUUGA